CUAUAAUUAAAUACAUCCAGUUACGAAAUAAAAAAAAAUGAAAAUGUUUAAUGGACAAAAACUGCUGGAAGAUUUUCUCGAAAUCUCUUCAUUGAUUCAUUCUCUUUUCUUUUCUUUCUCCUUCAUCUUCCUUUCACCUGAAAUUCUUCAAUCUCACUCUCACUUCCCCCUCUAACUAAUUUUGUUCAGCUUCAAACAUUCUUCGUUCCCACGUCAAAGAGAUGAGUUCCAGCAUUGUACAUUGAUCGAUUCAAUUUUGCAAAACAACUAUUCUAAUUUCUAAAAUUCCACAACUUGGCGUCGUUAGCCUUUGAAUUACGGAUUAUCGGUGUAGUGAGGAAAGAAGAUUUCUCCAAUUUCGUGUGAAUUUGUUUUUAUUUUUGUUUGCUGGGUGAAAUUAGGGUUUGUGCACAUCAGAAUUGGGGGGAAAUAAAGGAGAUCUGGGGUUUAGGUCAACGGAAUUGGGGUUUGUUACGAGGAUGAUCGGAUUAUUAUUAGUUUACUAAAAGAAAAAAAUCGACGGUUUGGAUCUGAUCGGAGGAGAGACAGCGCCAACGGGAUGGCGCUGUUCCGUCGCUUCUUCUACAAGAAGCCUCCCGAUCACCUUCUCGAGAUCUCCGAGCGUCUUUAUGUUUUUGACUGCUGUUUCUCGAGCGAUGAUGUUAUGGGAGAGGAUGAAUACAAACUCUACUUGGGCGGCAUCGUUGCUCAACUGCAGGAUCAUUUCCCUGAAGCGUCCUUCAUGGUGUUUAACUUCAGAGAAGGAGACCAGCGGAGUCAGAUAUCAGACGUGCUGUCUCAGUACGACAUGACGGUUAUGGACUACCCUCGGCAGUACGAGAGCUGCCCCCUUCUGCCUCUCGAGAUGAUCCAUCACUUUCUGAAAUCUAGCGAGAGCUGGUUGUCCUUGGAAGGUCAGCAGAAUGUUCUGUUGAUGCACUGCGAAAGAGGCGGCUGGCCUGUUCUCGCUUUUAUGUUGUCGGGGCUGUUGUUGUAUAGGAAGCAGUAUCAGGGCGAGCAGAAGACUCUUGAGAUGGUGCACAAGCAAGCUCCCAAGGAGCUUCUUCAUCUCUUGUCUCCUCUGAACCCGCAGCCUUCUCAGCUCAGAUAUCUUCAGUAUAUUUCUAGAAGAGAUUUAGGUUCUGGCUGGCCUCCUUCGGACACGCCUCUUCUUCUGGAUUGUUUGAUUCUCAGAGAUCUCCCACAUUUUGAAGGGAGAGAAGGUUGCAGACCUAUUGUUAGGGUUUAUGGUCAGGACCCUAAAGCCAAAGCCAACAGGAGUUCCGUAGUUCUCUUUUCCACACCAAAGACAAAGAAACACACUCGCCUUUACCAGCAGGAAGAGUGUAUCCUGGUGAAGUUAGAUAUCCAGUGCCGUGUUCAAGGGGAUAUAGUUCUGGAAUGUAUACACUUGCAUGAUGAUUUGGUUCGUGAGGAGAUGGUCUUUAGAAUCAUGUUCCACACGGCAUUUGUGCGCGCUAAUAUUUUAAUGAUCCAACGAGAUGAGAUGGAUAUACUCUGGGACGCCAAGGACCAGUUCCCAAAGGAAUUCAAGGCAGAGGUACUUUUCUCUGGUGCUGAUGCUGUGGUGGUGCCUACUAUCGCAACGUCUCCAGUGUCAGAAGAAGAUGAUAACGAUUUUGAUAUGGCUUCACCUGAUGAGUUUUAUGAGGUGGAGGAGAUUUUCAGCGAUGUGAUUGAUGGGCAUGACUUGAAGAGAGGAGACUCAGAUAGUUUUUUGGUUGUUGAUACUGCUUCAGAUGAUUCUGAGGGUAAAGAGGUGUGGAAGGGGGACGUGGAGCCCAAUGCGUUUCUAGACUGUGCAUCUGAUGAUUCAAAUCAUAAACAUGGGGAUACCAGCACAGAUCCAGUUAAAGAUAUCACUGUUGAUGAUGUACAGUAUAGGUCAGAUGGGAACGGAGAUACCAGUGUUGUCUCAGUGAAGGAUAUAGUAAUAGACGAUGGUGAUGAGCAGCGAAAGAGGACAGCAAAGGAGAAUGAUUCUAGAACAGCAGAGAGUCAACACAAAGGUGAUGGAGAAGGCAAUGAUUCCCAGAAGCCUACAACUCAGAAACCAGAUACCAAUCUCGACAAUCCCAUAUCUGAAAAAGCACAAGCUAAACCAAAGAAACAGGUCGGAGCAAAUGCAAGACUGGCUGGAGAUUCAUUGAAACCAAAGUCUAAGCAGCAAGAAGCUCAGGGUCCUAAUGUAAGAAUGGCUAAGCCUAAUGCAGUUUCUCGAUGGAUUCCCUCAAAUAAGGGCUCGUAUAAAGACUCUAUGCAUGUGGCGUAUCCCCAUACAAGGAUUAGCAGUGCCCCAGCUUCGACCAAGGAUGGUAAAAGAGCUACUUCACCUGAUGGUGUGGUUACAAAGGAUGCUAAGAGUAAAAAUCUGAGAGCGUCUGUUUCUUCACCAGAUAUAAGGAGUCGACUCCUUAUAUCAACAGAUUCUAGCCCAAAGGAUAAGCCACUUUCUCUGCCUGUCUCUCCUCAUCAUUUGUCUCCACCAUCUCAUCAUUCACAUGCACAUCCAGAGCUACCUUCUCUAACCAGUGAGACUGCAUCGGUUUUACAAUCUUCACAAGCAGCUGCAUUACCUCCUCCACCGCCACCUCUACCGCCUACUUACUCUUCAACGAGCCAAAAUGACAGCUACGCACAAAAAGCUCAGAUCCCACCACCAGCUCCUCCUCCUCCAUUUGCAUCUAAGAGACCAAACAGUGGAACCAUGUUACCUCCACCAGCACCUCCUCCUCCUUUGGCAUCUGAGAAACCAAAAAGUGGAACCGUGUUGCCUCCACUGCCACUAUCUCCACCUUGGAAGUCUGUUUAUGCCUCAGCUUUUGCAACUCCUACGACAUGUUCUACUUCUCAACCUCCUCCACCACCUCAUCCGUCUGCAUGCUUAUCACCGGGCCAAACUAGUAGCCACUCUCAAACAUCUCAGCUCCCAUUGCCACCGCCUACUCCACCACCGCCUCCUUUUGCAUCUGUUAGGCGAAACAGUGAAACCAUGUUGCCGCCUCCACCACCUCCACCACCGUGGAAGUCUGUUUAUACUUCAACUCUUGAAACUCAUGAGGCAUGCUCUACAUCUAACAAUUUUCCACGCCCACCACCACCUCCUCCUUUUAACUCAUCAAAUACACCAAAAGAAAAUGGAGAUCACGUUAUUCCUUCGCCAUCACCCAAGUCCUCUCCUAUCAACGGUUUUUCUGCUCCUCCACCUCCUUUUAGUAAAGCACAUUCAGUCCCUUUACCUCCACCACCACCUCCUCCUCCUCCAAGUUAUGGGUCUCCAACCCAACCUCCUCCUUUUGGUCACAUACGUUCAGUUCCUCCACCUCCUCCUCAGCCACCGAGUUAUGGAACUCCUCCACCACCACCACCACCACCUUUUGGUAAAACUUUACCUCCACCACCACCACCACCUCCUUUUGGUAAAACUUCACCACCACCUCCUCCAUUGGGAUCUAGAGGUUCUCCGCCACCGCCACCACCACCAUUUAGAUCUGGGGGACCACCGCCUCCACCUCCUCCACCUAUGGGUGCUCCACCACCACCACCACCACCUCCUAUGCAUGGAGGAGGACCACCGCCACCACCUCCUCCUAUGCGCGGAGGAGCCCCACCGCCGCCACCACCUCCUGGUGGUAGAGUUCCUGGGGGACCGCCGCCUCCACCACCUCCAGGUGGUCGUGCUCCUGGUCCACCUCCGCCUCCAGGGCCAAGACCUCCAGGUGGUGGACCUCCUCCGCCUCCUGGACCAAGACCUCCCGGUGGUGGACCUCCAGAUCCUAAGGGUGCAGGAAGAGGGCGUGGUCUUCCACGUCCAGGUUUGGGGUCUGCAGCUCAAAAAAAAUCUUCUCUGAAGCCACUACACUGGGUUAAAGUAACAAGGGCCUUGCAGGGAAGCUUAUGGGACGAGUUACAAAGACAAGGACAAACUGCACCAGAGUUUGAUGUAUCAGAAAUAGAGACCCUUUUCUCUGCUAUAGUGCCAAAACCGGCUGAUAAAGCUGGAGGCCGAAAAAAAUCGGUUGGGGCAAAGCCUGAAAAAGUUCAACUGAUUGACCUUAGGAGAGCCAAUAACACGGAAAUUAUGCUUACGAAAGUAAAGAUGCCGCUGCCUGAUAUGAUGGCUGCAGUUCUGGCAAUGGAUGAUACUGUACUAGAUAGUGAUCAAAUAGAGAAUCUUAUAAAGUUUUGUCCAACCAAGGAAGAGAUGGAACUUCUAAAGAACUACACUGGUGACAAGGCAACCUUGGGAAAGUGUGAGCAGUACUUCCUAGAGCUAAUGAAGGUGCCACGAGUAGAAUCGAAGAUGAGAGUAUUUUCCUUCAAGAUUCAGUUUCGUACUCAGAUAAUAGAGUUCAAAAAAAGUUUAACUGCGGUAAAUUCUGCGUGUGAGGAGGUCAGAUGCUUGCAAGAAAAUAUAACUCUUAAUUUUUGUGUAGUCAUAUGUCUCUUUCUUAGACUUCUUUCUCCUCGUUGCUUUGUUCAUCAGGUCCGUACUUCACCAAAGCUAAAAGAAAUUAUGAAAAAGAUUCUUUACCUGGGGAACACAUUGAACCAAGGAACUGCGAGGGGCGCUGCCGUGGGAUUCAAGUUAGACAGUUUAUCAAAACUAAGCGAUACGCGUGCUGCUAACAGCAAGAUGACUCUCAUGCACUAUCUUUGCAAGGUCCUUGCUUCAAAGGGAUCAGAUCUACUGGACUUCCCAAAGGAUCUUGAGAGUCUUGAAUCAGCUUCAAAGAUACAAUUGAAGUCGCUGGCUGAGGAAAUGCAAGCUAUAAUCAAAGGACUGGAGAAACUGAACCAGGAGCUCACUGCAUCUGAAAGUGAUGGUCCUGUUUCUGAAGUUUUCCGUAAAACAUUGAAGGACUUUAUUUCUGUUGCCACUAGCGAAGUAGCAGCUGUAACAAGUCUUUACUCUGUCGUGGGAAAUAAUGCAGAUGGACUUGCGCACUAUUUUGGCGAGGAUCCCAAACGUUGUCCAUUUGAGCAAGUUACCGCGACCUUGUUAAAUUUCAUAAGGCUGUUUAAGAAAGCACACGAAGAGAACAUCAAGCAAGAGGAACUGGAGAAGAAGAAAGCCGUCAAAGACGCGGAGAUGGAGAAGGAGAAGGCGGCCAAAGAAGCGGAGAUGGAGAAGGAGAAGGCUAAAGAAGCCAGUCUCACAAAAACACCAGUUGAUGAUGAUGAUAGCUGACACCAAAAAAGAAAAACUCUCAAAGCGAACCGAACAAAGGUGGUUUUUUGAUGCCAGCAGGUGGUGCUGUUGAUGAAAACGUUUCUACAGAGAGAGUGUGGCACAGGGCGGUUUGUGAGGUUAAAACACGAUUGGAGUGAUAAUGGGAAGAGCUGUUCGCCAGGGAGGGGGCUAUCGAGGGGAACUAUUAGAAGAUUCAGAGGCAGGUCCUUUCCUCCACUAUCACGUUACAUAACUAACAAGUACACCACAUUGAUUCAAUUCUAACUUGUAAAUUAAUUAGAAUAAUUUUUUUCUCUUCUAUUUCCCUGAUUAGAGGGAGUUUUUGAUAAAUUGAAAUGUUGUAUAGGUAGAGAGUGAGAUGUGUAGUGUGUAACUUUGUAUCGUUAAAAAGUCAUGUGAAAAAUAAAUAACAGGGCAUAGUAGUUUCUU